AUGUUGCUUCCCAAGCUUUCCCUCCUAGCAGUUAUGGCAAUACCCGUAGCUGCCCUCAAUUGCCAAAAUGAAGUCACAGACGCGACGAUAGACCGCAACUGGUUGUUGUCAGGUUGUGGCCCUUGUCGCAAGAACUCAUUCGAAACUCACCCUGAAGUGCCUAAUGACGACGCCGGCCGCUUCAGGUAUGAUGAAGACAACGAUGCAACCUACAAAAGUAUCUGCAACGUGUGCCGCAGUAACUUUGGCCCCAAACAGCCAGACAAGGUCAUAACCAGCCAGACCUCGGUGCUCAGCUUGCCCAAGGAGACACCAACCAUUGCGAGUAUGGAAACAACACAUGCGAAACCUCGCAUUGGAUGGCUAGACCCUCCAGGUCCCAGUGAUGGCGCUACAUUUAGUAAUAAUGAUCCUCAACAGUCAGAAAGUAGUAUUACCAGUUCAUCUGCGGCACUUAAACUACCCAAGGAGACACCAAGCAUCACGAGUAUUAGGAUAACCCAGACGAAGCCUCGUGUAGGAUGGUCAACUCUUCCAGGUCCCGACGACGGCACUACCUUGGCUUGGUUUACGAAAACAACAACGCAUACCGAGACUGAGACCGAGACCACUACCACGACGGCAUCCACUACUAUAGAUCUAAAGAAGAGUACAGCAACAUCCAUGGGUCUUAGUGAGACCACGGAAACAUCAAUGAGUCCGGGGAAGAGUACAGCGACCUCGAUGGGUUUGACUGAGACUUCAGCAACAUUGGACCCAGAAGAGACUGACACUCCAACGCCACAAAAGAAGAAACACACUGCUGGCCUUCAAACAGCCGGUAUCAUAAUUGCAAUUCUCUUUUUCAUCGUGUUCACCGUUCUGGUCACCUGGAAAUGCCUUCAACACCACCGGCAGAUUCAGUUUGACGAGGACCCAGAGGAGCCAAUGGGUGAAGCUAAUGACGCUGGAGGCAGCGCCUUCGACGAUUCAGACUCAGAGGCCGAGGAGGGACAGGCCAGAAAUCUGGUGGCCUCGGUGAGGGACUGGUUCAGAAGGCACCAGUUUCCAUUUCCUCCACCGAACGAGCCUGAAGAACCGGAUCCUGAUGACGGGGAAGCUGAUGACGGGGAAGCUGAUGACGGGGAGCCCGAGCCUCAUCCAGUUCCUCCUCCUCCUCCUCCUCCUCCUCCUAUUCCUGAGCAACCAGUUCAAGCUCCCACCGCUGUAGUACAUCCAUUUAUCCCACGUACUACUCGCGCUAUUCCAGGACAUCAAGUCCAGGCCCCUUCGGUUCAAGUACCAACUCCUGAUCCAGCUCAAGAUCGCAGCAGCUCGAGUGUCUACAGCCAGGACAGCGGAUAUCUAAAUUCAGUCGAAAUGCCCAGGCCACUCUCCAUAAACAGAUCCCGUCGUAGACAGGAACAACCUCAGCCGCCUCAAGAAUGGAGGACAACUGGAGAGCCUGUGCAAACCGGAAAUUAUGGCUGGAUUUAA